AUGGCGGAUAAUGGACCUCCCCCUUCAGGCGCACAGCUACCGCCACCUCCACAGGCCACCGCUGGAGCGCCGGGCUACGAGAACGGUCAUAAUGGCCAAACCAACCCCUCGCACAUGCCCCCCCCACCGCUACCACCUGUCAUAAUCCCACAAAACACAAAUCCGAUUCCAACGGCUAUUACAUCCCCCAUGGGAGAGAACGGAGGUGUUAUGUCACCAGAUAGUGCAGGCGGGUUUGUACGCCGUGCCGCCCCUGAGCCGAAUAAGAGGGCGUUGUAUGUAGGAGGUCUUGAUCCUAGAGUCACGGAGGAUGUCCUUAGACAAAUCUUCGAGACGACUGGUCAUGUCCAAAAUGUCAAAAUCAUUCCUGACAAGAAUUUUCAGUCUAAGGGAUUUAACUACGGCUUCAUUGAAUAUGACGACCCUGGAGCAGCAGAACGCGCCAUGCAGACUCUCAACGGACGUCGAGAGAUCCGUGUUAACUGGGCUUACCAAUCCAACACCUCAAACAAGGAAGAUACCUCCAACCACUUCCACAUCUUCGUUGGCGAUCUGUCAAACGAAGUCAACGACGAAGUCCUCCUCCAGGCAUUCUCAGCGUUCGGCUCUGUCUCUGAGGCUCGCGUCAUGUGGGACAUGAAGACUGGGCGCUCAAGGGGAUAUGGAUUUGUUGCUUUCCGCGAGCGUCAGGAUGCAGAGAAGGCUUUGAGUUCGAUGGAUGGUGAAUGGCUUGGCUCUCGUGCUAUUCGCUGCAACUGGGCCAACCAGAAGGGCCAGCCAUCUAUUUCACAGCAACAAGCUAUGUCUGCUAUGGGCAUGACUCCAACCACGCCAUUUGGACAUCAUCACUUCCCAACUCAUGGCGUUCAGAGCUACGAUAUGAUCGUCCAACAGACUCCAGCUUGGCAGACCACAUGCUACGUUGGCAAUCUCACUCCGUACACAACUCAGAAUGAUCUCAUUCCUCUUUUCCAGAACUUUGGUUACGUUGUCGAGACUCGAUUCCAGGCCGAUCGCGGAUUUGCCUUUGUCAAGAUGGAUACCCACGAGAAUGCUGCAAUGGCUAUCUGCCAAUUGAGCGGCUACAAUGUCAAUGGCCGUCCCCUCAAGUGUAGUUGGGGUAAGGACAAAGCACCGCCCCAGACUGGCUUUGAUGCAACUCAGCAAGGUUAUAGCCCUCAGGCUGGACCAACCCCUGGCGCAUAUCCAGGAACUCCGUCAGCCUAUUUCCCUCAAUAUGGUGGAAUGCCUCAACAACCAGGACCCCAGUCAGCCGGACCGAUGACCAACCAGCAGUCUCCAGGCCAGUUCCCUGGCCAGCAAGGCGGGUAUGGUGGACCACCUGCCCAUUCCCCAGGUCAAUAUCCUAAUCAGCAAAUGCCAUACGGAGGAUCUGCAAGUGCUGGCGGCUAUGGUCGUGGCGCUCAGCCAGCUCCGGCUGCUCAGUGGAGUGCUCCCCCAGCUCAAAACUUUGGAAACGGCUUUGGCGGUUACCAAGGAUGA